AUGUCCCGCGGCUCGACCGCCGGGUACGACCGGCACAUCACCGUCUUCUCCCCCGAUGGUCGCCUGUACCAAGUCGAGUACGCGUUCAAGGCGAUUAAAUCGGUCGGGAUGACCUCAAUCGGGGUCAGAGGCAAGGACUCCGUGUGUGUGGUGACGCAGAAGAAGAUUCCGGAUAAAUUGAUCGAUCCGACGGACGUGACGCACAUGUAUAAAAUUACGAAAACCGUGGGCAUGUGCGCCACGGGCAAAGGACCGGAUAUUCGCGACAUCGUGCAAAAGGCGCGGAGAAAGGCUGCGGAUUUUAAGCAAAACUACGGGUACGACGUCCCCGUGGACGUGUUAGCGAAUAUUCUCGCGGAUGAGUUCCAGGUAUACACGCAACACGCGUACAUGCGUCCGCUUGCGGUUAUGGUGAUUUUGGUCUCCAUGGAUGAGGACCGAGGACCGAGCUUGUUCAAGUGUGAUCCUGCCGGGUACUAUGUUGGUUACAGAGCAACGAGCGCCGGAUCGAAGGAGGUCGAGGCGGUGAACUUUCUUGAGAAGAAAGUCAAGGCUGGCUCCUCCUUCGAUGCGAACGAAACGGCGCAACUCGCGAUCAGCGCGCUUCAGCACGUGCUCGGGGAGGAGGUCAAAGCGAGCGAGUUGGAGGUUGCGAUUGUGACGGCGGACAACCCCGCUUUCAGAGUCAUCAGUGAGAGUCAAGUCGAAGAGCACUUGACGGCGAUUUCUGAGAGGGAUUAG